GCAGUAACAGUAGCCGCUUUAGCGGAGACGGAGAUCGGCAGAGAGCGCGCGAGGCGCAGCAGCUCCAGAUCCUCGGCUCUCCCCGCCCUCGGUUCCCUGCGCCCCCGCUGUCUCUGCCUUGGCGUCCCCCGACUCCAGUUCCGCUCCUAGGACAGCGCCGCCACCGCCGCUGGGCCCUGCCUGCAGCGUGCGCCGCGCAACCCUCGCGUGCGCCCGGGAUGGCGCUUUCCCCCCAGGACUGGUUUAGAAUGUAAUAACUCAAGAAUUCGAUAACACAGUGGAAUAGUUUAACAACUGUUUAUGUGCUUCCCAUGAUAUGUUCUCUGUAUUGGACUAUUUAAAAUUAAAAGACCAUUCCUCUGGCUCUCAAUUCCUGGACAUUAUAGUGUAGAAGAUAAAUCCUGGAGCUCAUCAAAGAGAAAGAAACAGUGCCUCUCCAAGGCCAUAACCCCAUCAACCUGGUUCUCCUUCCCAGAUAGCACAUCCAGCUCUGUAUUUAUUUUACUUUAUUGAGUAAAGUCUGUUUCCACCUGCUUUUCUCCCUUAAAUAAAAGAGAAUGAGAGGUGGCAUCUUCCUGCCUACUAUCUGCCUACCUCAGAAGCAAUCUCCUUGUCCACCUGCUUCUGGCUUGUCCUUGUGGUUUAAGUUCUAAGAUUGACAUCAGAGACAAGGACCCAAAUUUUGGUAACAAAUUGGCACACAAUGUGAGGCCCAAGAGCAACCCCCACUCCAGCCAUCUUUAGGCAAGUCUGGUAUUCUGAGUAGUCCGUUCCAUGCUGAGGAUUCAAGGUGACUGGUGAGUUUGUUGAGAGCUAACUGCUGAAGAAUUUGGAGACAAGGUGAAAUUGCCUCUGGCCAAACCAAAGGAGCUGAGAGAAGUGGGGAACUGAAGAACAGCUGUCUCCAAAGUCUCCUUUUGCUUCUGGGAACUCCUGCCUUCUCGUCUUAUAUAGCAGGGGUUGCUCCUCCAACUGGUCUAAUUUGAAAUAAAAGGAAACUAAACACAGUAAAUUUCUGACACCUUGACAAUCUGAAAAAAUUAUGACAUCAACAUCCAAAGGAAUUCUCCGCCCAUUUUUAAUUGUCUGCAUUAUCUUGGGCUGCUUCAUGGCAUGUCUGCUUAUUUACAUCAAGCCCACCAACAGCUGGAUUUUCAGCCCAAUGGAGUCAGCCAGCUCAGUGCUAAAAAUGAAAAAUUUCUUCUCCACCAAAACUGAUUAUUUUAAUGAAACUACUAUUUUGGUGUGGGUGUGGCCUUUUGGGCAAACCUUUGACCUUACAUCCUGCCAAGCAAUGUUCAAUAUCCAAGGAUGUCAUCUCACAACAGACCGUUCACUGUACAACAAAUCUCACGCAGUCCUGAUACAUCACCGAGACAUCAGCUGGGAUCUGACUAAUUUACCUCAGCAGGCCAGACCGCCCUUCCAGAAAUGGAUUUGGAUGAAUUUGGAAUCACCAACUCAUACUCCCCAGAAGAGUGGUAUUGAGCAUCUGUUCAACCUGACUCUAACCUACCGCCGUGACUCAGAUAUCCAAGUGCCUUAUGGCUUCUUGACGGUGAGCACAAACCCCUUCGUGUUUGAAGUGCCAAGCAAAGAGAAGUUGGUGUGUUGGGUUGUAAGUAACUGGAACCCUGAACAUGCCAGGGUCAAGUAUUACAAUGAGCUAAGCAAAAGUAUUGAAAUCCACACCUAUGGGCAAGCAUUUGGAGAAUAUGUGAAUGAUAAAAAUUUGAUUCCUACCAUCUCUACAUGUAAAUUUUAUCUCUCUUUUGAAAACUCAAUCCAUAAAGAUUACAUCACAGAAAAGCUCUACAAUGCUUUUUUGGCUGGCUCUGUACCUGUUGUUCUGGGACCAUCUAGGGAAAACUAUGAGAAUUAUAUUCCAGCAGAUUCGUUCAUUCAUGUGGAAGAUUAUAACUCUCCCAGUGAGCUAGCCAAGUAUCUAAAGGAAGUCGACAAAAACAAUAAGUUAUACCUUAGUUACUUUAAAUGGAGGAAAGAUUUCACUGUAAAUCUUCCACGGUUUUGGGAAUCACAUGCAUGCUUGGCUUGUGAUCAUGUAAAAAGGCAUCAAGAAUACAAGUCCGUUGGCAAUUUAGAGAAAUGGUUUUGGAAUUAAAGUUUUUCCAUCAUCUGCACAUUUAGUAAAAUACUUUGAUGAGAUAUCAUCCAAAUUUUGAGGAUACGAAGAAAAACAACACUGUUUUCAUGUCACAACUUAUUUUUAUCACUUUCUCUUGGGUAACAUGUAUAUUUUGAUGAAGAUUUUUAAGAGCCUCAGCAUUAGCUAUCAUUCCAUUUGGUUUUAAAUUAUCCUGUAUAUACCUAAUUAUGUGCACUGAAAAAAUAAUUUAUUCUUCACUAUCAUUUAUAAACAUUAUUUUUCAUAUUUUUGUAGUAAUCUAUAAUAUGUUUAUGAUUUGAUUGGUCUUUUUACACUGAUCAUCUCUUUAAUCAUUUUGGGAAAUUAAGAUGCAAUCUUAAAAUAUGAAAGAUUUUACUAAAUAUUAUAAUCUCUAGUUCCAAGUUGGAAAAAUGUUAACAAAGAAAGAAUGUACUAAAAUCAAAAAUUAUGACCUCUAAGACUUCAGAGUCAAACAAAGUGUGUAUCUAUCAAUCUGAUCAGUGUUUAUCUGUUUGGGGCAUUUGCAAAGAAAAUGAUUUAUGUAUUGAACAUGAAAGAUAGAAGCAGAACUAUUCUAUUCAGGGAGCUGUUAGAUCUCUGUUUUAUUUUCAUUAAGUUGACAUGCAAAUGCAACCACCUAUUCUCAGGAUCUUAAUUUUAAGUCUUUAAGAAUUAUUAAAUAUCCAAUUGGUUAUGAUUUUCAGUGCCCAGAAAAAUAAUCCUAAUAACACUUAAUAGGAUCUAGGAUAGUGAUCUUCCCAAUCCUAAUAACACUCACUUUUAAAACAUAGCAAAUGAUUUCCUCAAAUAAGAAUGAAACAGAUAUCUAUAGGUACAUCAUAUACAUAAAUGGUACUAUUUAUGUUUAAUUUUUAAUUACUUAUCAAUUUAAAAUAUUUUUUCUGAAGCCCAAAUAUUUAAAAUAGUUUUAUUUUACUAUAUGGACAAAUAAAUAGACAUAACUUUUGAAAGAUCUCUCCCGUCACUUAAGAGAAUCUAAAUAAACUAUCAUCAAUGUAUGAAGUUUAAGUGGAUAAAUAUAAUAAAAUGAGGAUCUACAGGAAACAUUGGUAUCAACACAGUAGGAUCUAGAUACAUAUUUGUUAAAUGAAGAGAUAAUGGCAUUGAAAGUCAUGGGGAAAUAUUUGUUUGUUUCAGUGAAGUGACAGUUCUAGCCUAGUGGUACUAAUUUAUGGAGAUGAUGUCUUAUAUACUAUUUCAGUAAUUAUUCAUACUUAGCACAUAUGACUAGGGUCUUCAGGGCUUUAUAGAACCAACAUAAACCUAUCAUGACACUAAACUUUUGGAGAAAUUUAUCGCUGAACUUUCAUCUGCCUACAGCAUUUCUCCCCUAUAGUGUUAGAGAAAGGAAGAGCUAGAUAGAAGCAGAAAUAGUGGGUAAGAAAAGCCAGAUGUUAAAGAUUCUUCAAGGAAAGCAUUCUGCAAAGGAAUAUCCAGUGUUUUUAUUCCAUUUUAUCCAAAGAUCAUCAAAGGGAUUACAUAGUUCUGAUGGUAUCCACUUUGGUAUAUUUGUGACUUAUUUUAAUCAUCUUUUUGCAUGUUGGUAUUAGCAUUCAACCCCACAAUUUUAUACACCACAUAGAAAAUAGAGAUAAAUUUCAAUUCAGUAAGAAGGAAGUAUGCCCAACAAUCAAGACUGCCUUAUGGAGAGAAUGAACUCUCCCUAGCACUGGAAGGAUUUGAGCAAAGGAAGUUGCUUGCAUUGAACAGAGGAUGGUUUCUUCCCCAGGUUCAUUUCUUUAGUCACAGUGAAUAGGCACUUGGUAUCAGGCAGUCCCACAGCCAGCACAGAAAGAUGAAAAGGGUGCUAUCAUUGUCUUAAAAGGAACUCACAAUUAAGCAGAGAGAUAAAGGAAAGCUUCCUUUCAAUUCCAGCCUGAGUCUGUUUAUACACAUACUACUCUCAACAGAGUUUAUGUGGAUCACUAUUGAUUUAAUGAAAAAUAAAAUAAAAUAAGACACGUUAGCAAAGUUUCCUAGUUGUUUAGUAACUUGACAUGUUUCUCAGAUGAAAACUUUGUCUACGCAUUUGGUUCCCUUUAUAUUACCUUUUUUUCCCCAUGUAAUAUUUAUUCUCUUUAUUAAAAAUAUAGCAUGUUUGUAUGUAUGACUUAUUAGUCAAUACAUCCAUUUAUAUUUAUUUUAUUGAUAAAUAGUCAGAUUCAUAUACUUACAUUUAUUUGUCAUUUCUAUCUAUAGAGAGGAAGGAUCUAAAGAAAAUGCAUUGCUAACACAUUUAGAAAGCCCAAGAUUUCUCUGAAAGCUGAAAAGCUUUCAAGGUCACUUCAACUUGCCAUUGCUGAAGUGGAUGUUGAUUAUUUCAAAUACCUGAAACACAUGAGUUAAGUUUCCUCUAUUGCUGACUCCAAAUUUGAGCUCUUUCUUGUGUUGUGACUAUGAUUAUAUGCUGAUAAUGUGAACUAAGCCAAGGCAAUAAGUGUUUAACUGGUGCAUCUUCUUACUGAAACCCCUUACCAAGUCCCAGAAUAAUAAGUUUUCUUGAUAUGAAGUGCCAAAAUUAAUGAACCUUUCACUUCUGGAUCCAUUGAUCUAUAAGAUUUAGGGAAGGAUCAAAUUAUAGCAAUAUUUAUAAACCUAUCUCUUCUAUUUGUGAACUAAUGUGAUCCAGAGAUAUUAUUUGUUCAAGAUAGUCAUGCACACACACACACACACACACACACACAACUAGUGAGAGUAGUUAAGAUUAAAAUGUAAUGGCCUCUCUCUCUUAAU